AUGAGGGAGAAGAUGGCGGAAGAGGAGAGGUUCCCUAACACAACUCACGAAGGUUUCAAUGUCACCCUUCACACUACCCUGGUUGUCACCACGAAACUGGUGCUCCCGACCCCUGCCAAGCCCAUUCUCCCAGUGCAAACGGGGGAGCAGGCUCAGCAGGAGGAACAGUCAAGCGGCAUGACCAUCUUCUUCAGCCUCCUCGUCCUAGCUAUCUGCAUCAUAUUGGUGCAUUUACUGAUCCGAUACAGAUUACAUUUCUUGCCAGAGAGUGUUGCUGUUGUUUCUUUAGGUAUUCUCAUGGGAGCAGUUAUAAAAAUUAUAGAGUUCAAAAAAUUGGCAAAUUGGAAGGAAGAAGAAAUGUUUCGUCCAAAUAUGUUUUUCCUCCUCUUGCUUCCUCCUAUUAUAUUUGAGUCAGGAUAUUCAUUACACAAGGGUAACUUCUUUCAAAAUAUUGGUUCCAUCACCCUGUUUGCUGUCUUCGGUACGGCAAUUUCCGCUUUUGUAGUAGGUGGAGGAAUUUAUUUUCUGGGUCAGGGUUUUUUUUGUGUCUGUGUGUUUGUGUGUUUUAUUUUACAGGCUGAUGUAAUCUCUAAACUCAACAUGACAGACAGCUUUGCGUUCGGCUCCCUGAUUUCUGCUGUCGACCCAGUGGCCACUAUUGCUAUUUUCAACGCGCUUCACGUGGACCCAGUGCUCAACAUGCUGGUUUUUGGAGAGAGUAUUCUCAACGACGCGGUCUCCAUUGUCCUGACCAACACAGCUGAAGGUUUAACGAGGAAAAAUAUGUCAGAUGUCAGUGGGUGGCAAACAUUUUUACAAGCCCUUGGCUACUUCCUCAAAAUGUUCUUUGGCUCAGCGGCACUCGGCACCCUCACUGGCUUAAUCUCUGCAUUAGUGCUAAAGCAUAUUGACUUGAGGAAAACGCCUUCUUUGGAGUUUGGCAUGAUGAUCAUUUUUGCUUAUCUUCCUUAUGGGCUUGCAGAAGGAAUCUCACUCUCGGGCAUCAUGGCCAUCCUGUUCUCGGGCAUCGUGAUGUCGCACUACACGCACCAUAACCUGUCCCCGGUCACCCAGAUCCUCAUGCAGCAGACCCUUCGGACCGUGGCCUUCCUGUGCGAAACAUGUGUGUUUGCAUUUCUUGGCCUGUCCAUUUUUAGUUUCCCUCACAAGUUUGAAAUUUCCUUUGUCAUCUGGUGCAUAGUGCUGGUACUGUUUGGCAGAGCAGUGAACAUUUUCCCUCUGUCCUACCUCCUGAAUUUCUUCCGUGAUCAUAAAAUCACACCGAAGAUGAUGUUCAUCAUGUGGUUUAGCGGCCUGCGGGGGGCCAUCCCCUACGCCCUGAGCCUGCACCUGGACCUGGAGCCCAUGGAGAAGCGGCAGCUCAUCGGCACCACCACCAUCAUCAUCGUGCUUUUCACCAUCCUGCUGCUGGGCGGCAGCACCAUGCCCCUCAUCCGCCUCGUGGACAUCGAGGACGCCAAGGCGCGCCGCAGGAGCAAGAAGGAUGUCAACCUCAGCAAGACCGAGAAGAUGGGCAACACCAUCGAGUCAGAGCACUUGUCGGAGCUCACGGAGGAGGAGUAUGAAGCCCACUACAUCAGGCGGCAGGACCUCAAAGGCUUUGUGUGGCUGGACGCCAAGUACCUGAACCCCUUCUUCACGCGGCGGCUAACUCAGGAGGACCUCCACCACGGGCGCAUCCAGAUGAAAACCCUCACCAACAAGUGGUACGAGGAGGUGCGCCAGGGCCCCUCCGGCUCCGAAGACGACGAGCAGGAGCUGCUGUGACGGAGCAGGGCGCCCCGUCCGGCCUCCUCGCGGCUCCCGCG